UGUCAAACAAAACACAAAUCGGAAAAUCAAAACAAAAUUUGAAAAAUUAAAAUUCAUCGCGUUCCGUUCACUUCACCGGUAGUUUCCUAACGAGUUUGAGUUUGGUGUUUUAUUAAAAAGAAAAGUUAUAUUUUGUUAAUAAAUAAGGGAUCUUCAAUAAAAUCAGGAAUUCCAAACAUUCUGGAGAUAGCUUUUCCAAAAAAAUCAACCAACCAACUUUCAUCUAAUUUUAGUUAGCAAACCAUCAAAGGAGCUAAUUCCCAAAGAAUCUUAAAACCUUCAUCAAAACUUAUAUCAACAUGAGCUACAGCCACAACAGCCACUUACCCGACUUAUAUACAAAGGAAGCUUCAUUAAGCCAAGAAUCUCAACGAUCACUAGACAAUGGCAUUGUAAAGGAUCCAAUUGACAAGCUAAGGUUGCUUUGUUUCAGUCGUGGACAAACUGGUAUCCUUCAACUUGCAAGGUCCUUCCGCAACAUGGACGAUGAUGGAAGCAAGGCUCUGAAUUUUGACGAGUUUAAAACUGGCAUUCGGGAUACUGGCUUGAACUGCAGUGAUGAUGAGAUCUACGAAAUGUUCAACAGCUUCGACCAGGAUGACAAUGGAUCCAUAAGCAUGACUGAAUUUUUGUUAAAGCUUCGGCCUCCAAUGAAUGACCGUCGAAUCAAUAUAAUCAAUAAGGCUUUUGAUAAAAUGGAUAAUACCGGUGAUGGUGUCAUCACAGUUGCUGACCUCAGGAAGGUUUAUUCAGUCAAGGAGCAUCCAAAAUACGAAAGUGGUGAAAUGUCAUCCGAUGAGAUUCUUAAGGAAUUUCUCAAGAACUUCGAAGGAAAGGGCGGUGUAUCUGAUGAUAUGGUGACAAAAGAAGAAUUUAUGGACUAUUACGCAAGCAUCAGUGCCACCAUUGAUAAUGAUACUUACUUUGAUUUGCUCUUGAGGACAGCUUAUAAACUUUAAAUGAAUUAAUUUAAACUAUUGCACUUGCAUUUAUUCAUUUUAAAUUUUUGUUUCAUUUGGAGCACUUUGGUUUAAAUGUGAGAGUGGUAUUAAAUGUAUUGCCUUAAAAAUUUGUCCAUUUUUAUUUAUUAAAAUCAUAAAUAUUUAUGAAUUAAACACUAUAGAAGUGAAAUAAAUGCUAUAAACACUGAA